GUGUGAUUAGAAAUAUCCCACAAGGAUACUGGACAAGUGCUUCGAGAUCGUGCUAUCAGAUCCAGCGAUGUCCACCAACAGCAGUCCAGGGCCGAGGCGACACCGAUCUUUCAAAGACAGGCUGCGAGAGAUACCGUUCGCGUUCACCGGCCAAGGCAAGAGUCGUAGCGUCGACCAAGCAACACUCAGUCCAGCCUUCACGUUCGAGAGCCUUCGUCGCAGCGGAUCUUCCCACUCGAGCAACGCUGAUUCUGUUGAAGGAAGCAAGGAGAAUGUGGCUCCCCUGGACAAGAGCUCAAGUCAAGCAUCCCUCACCCAUGAGCCUGCGUCAUCCAUACCCGCAGCUAUGAAAAAAUUGGCGCCUGCUCCCAUAACCACCACUACAUAUACUGUUGAGGGCAGUGACACGCUGAUGAGCAUUGCUGCUCGUUUCGACACAACGCCUUCUGAGUUGACAAAACUCAACAGGCUUUCAAGCCGCUACCUCUUCCCUGGCCAGUCACUGCUCGUGCCACUGAGAUCAGGACAAACUGCCUCGGCACAGGAUAGCUCCUCACCACAGACUACUGCACUCAGUUCAGCAGGGAGCGGUGGGACUCCCCGUACUCCGGCCAACAGCUUGGACUUGGACCGAGCCCUCGACAAGGAGUGUCUUGAGCGCUUCCUCAAGCUCAGGGUCCGCCAUGUCACUGAUGGCCAAGGCAUCGUGGGGGGCGUGGUGCUGGUCACGCCCAACGCGAUCAUGUUCGACCCUGACGUGAGCGACCCGCUGGUGCUGGAGCGCGGGGGCGCCGACACCUACGGCUUCAUUGCCCCCAUGGAGUGCCUCGCUAACGCUGCCAUCUACAACGACAUCGCCACCAUGAGGGUUAAGGACACUAAGCUGCCCAGGCCUGAGCUGCCCAAGCCCGAAAUUUACUACAGCCCUUCAAUGAAGAAAUCCAUGAUCACAAAUGAUGCUGCUGCAGCACCAACAUCUCCGAAGGUGUAUGGAGAAGGCACGACAGAGGCUGACGGAGACUCACCGGUGCUCCUGACGAAGGACGCCACAUUCCCUGAGUUGAGCGUAGCGAGCGAGGGCACGAAGGCGACGAGCUCGACGGGCUCACAGGACGACGACUCGAGCUGCUCGUGUGGUGGUGACACACGGGACUCGUCUGCCUUCCCUAAGGCGUUCGAGCAAGAGCUACUCACCCCUGACACGUACCCACACUCACCCCUGCCUUCCAACGAUGACAUCCCAGACGCUCCCAUGACACCCGCAGCCAAGACCGCCGGUGACAAUCAAGAGUUACUACCGACUGCGCUAUCACUUCAGGAUGUUGUCCAUCAAGAUUCCUUGACCUCCAGUAUCCACUUGCAGCCGCUCAUGACCAUCGAUGAGGACACAACAACUGCCACCACGAUGGCCACGGCCACUGAAACAUGUACGUCUGGCGGCAGAACUACCAGCAGGAACGUGUCCUACGACAGCGCUGUGUCCAUCUCCAGCGAGGUGGACGUGGUGGGCUGCAGCGGCUCAGUGGACAGCUCGUACGAGCUUGUGGACUUGAGAGAGGCGGCGGCCGCCCCGGCCACGCCGCCCCUCGUCCCCACCGCUGAGGACGGGCUCGCGCCCUCACAGGCCUCUCGCAAGCAGAAGGUGCUCAAGCGGCUCAGCAACCCGCUGUCUUGGAUGGACGGUCUGGGUGGGGACGUUGGUGGGGGGACCACCGUGGGCCCCUCGGGGGGAAGUAGCUCAUCUUCUAUCUCGGGGGCGCCUCUCCACCCUGCCACCGACACCCACCAGCAGCAGCAGCAGCAGGGUGGUGGUGUUCUCUCGUCUGUGUUCAACAUGACAUCCAACGUCACAUCGAACGUCUCUAAUAUGCUUACCAGCUCACCCAAGUACCUGGCAGACCUCGGGUCUGGUCUGUUCGCGCGGUCUCCAUCAGACCCCUCCAGCCACUCGGGGGAUUUUACAGACUUUUUCACCUCCCAUUCCCCUCCUAACCCCCCGAAUCCUUCCCCCGCGACCAUGUCCCCACAACCCCCCUCCCCAUUCCGACAAACACAUCUCAUUCUCGGCGGACGACCCUCACUGGACCUGGCGCGUCGCUCGUCCCCUCACAGCUCCCAGGAGACGCUGCCCUCGUCAGCGCCUCCUGCGGGGGGCGCCCUCACCUCGGCGGGCACACACAAGCGCGCGCAGUUCAAGGACGGCACCAACGUCGGCUUCAGGAGCCUCGUGCCUGUUGAUGACGUCACCAACCUCUUCUCCAGUGUUGAUACGGCUGACCUUAGCCGACUGCUGGACCUGUGGGGCGGUGGGAUCUACGGGGAAGUGGACGAGCAGAAGAUCGCUGAGCGCGGCCUUACCCUCAUAUUAGAGGACACAGACCUGGCGGUACUCGAGGGCAAGAGUCCUUCCGGCAGCAGCGGUGCAGAGGGCGACGCAAGCGACAGCGGGGCGCAGCUCAAGGAUAUCACUAAAGAAAGCUGGGAGAAGAUCAAGGCGCCGUACUCGAAGUUCUACUCGAUGGUCAGGAGCCAAAUGACCAUCUCGAGUGAAGGAGAGUCGGUCGAGGAUAAUAAGGAGAGCAUUGUGGUCGGCGGCGGCGAUCACUUCGGGAUCUGGCUGGACGGAGAUCUGUACCGCGGUCGAACUCAGCCCUGCAACACCUACGAUAGUCCCGUGCUCGGGCCCUCUGAAGACUUCGUCAUCAAGACUCUCGAGUGCUGGGCUUUCGUCUAAGCAGUUUUUAUUUUCGUCUAAGCAUUUUUUUUCGUCUAAACAGAUUUUUUUCGU